GCAGCAGAAGUGAUUUAGGUGCAGCUAGUUAACAUCUUUUCUCUGUGCAGUGAUAUAUCUGUAGCAAGGGGAGCUGUGCAUUCUCUUGGGGGUGGUUUAAAAAAAAACAAAACCAAAAGAAAUGUACUCUGCCAAGAACAGGUUUGUGCAAGCAGUGCAACGCCUGCAGGAUUUUAAGAAUAUGUAUGAUUAUGACGCCCGCCUUGCAACAUUCGCAGACUGGCCCUUUACUGAAAACUGCAAGUGCACCCCAGAAAGUAUGGCUAAAGCUGGCUUUGUUCACUGCCCCACUGAGAAUGAACCCGAUGUUGCUUGCUGUUUUUUCUGCUUGAAGGAGCUGGAGGGCUGGGAGCCAGAUGAUGACCCUUGGACUGAACAUUCCAAGCGUUCUGCCAACUGUGGUUUCCUCUCCCUGACAAAGUGUGCCAAUGACCUCACAAUGGAGGGGUUUCUGCGGCUGGAAGGUGAUCGGAUCAAGAGUUUCUAUCGCAAGUUUUCUACUGUCGUUCUCCAGUACGUCGAGGAAGAAAUGACUGCAGCUACAAAGCGCCUGCUGGAAUACUUCUCCAACCAACACCAUUGCUCCAUAGAUCUUGACCACUGAAUACAAGCAAAGACCAAUAGCAUGGGUGUGAUAGAAGCUUCUGAGGUGGCAAACACAAUUAAUUUUAGUAAAGCCUAAAGCAUCAGAUGUCUGGUAACAUGGAUGCUGACCCUUCUCUGUUGCUGAAAUGCUUUUUUUAAAGUCCAAUUUCCACCUAUUUAUUUUAAGAAAUGUUGGAAGUGUGUGCUGUGGUUUUAUAUGUUCUCAUACUUUUUAAAUUAAAUAAAAUUUUAUUAUAUUG